UUUAAUUUACUUUAUAUGUUGUGGUUAAAAAAAAUGUAUUUCUUAACAUAAAUGUAAUUUAGUCAUAUUUUAGUUUAAAAACCGAAUAAAAAGUUGUAAUAUAUAAUAUUUAAAAUGGGUCCGUACGGGGCAGCCGGUGGAAUGCUCCAAAUGUGGUGUGGCGUGUUGAUGUAUUGCGGGCACCAUACGAUAUUCCAGAAAGAAAAUCAGUUCGGAAUACUGUAUCGCUCGCGCUAUGCCUCCGGCCGAAUGCACGAUGGAAAUAACUUACUGUCGUCGUAUCAGUACGACUCCUGAUUUCGCCCCAUCGCCACCGAUCCCCGCCCUGCCAAGUUGACGUGGGAAUCGAGAUUAAGUAAAAUCACUAUGCGAACAUAGCACAAAAAUGAAGCUACUCAUCCUACUAGCCAUCGUCACCGCUGUCUCUUGUACUGAUGUCUCCUUUAUCCAACAUCUUAAUGACGUCACCACCAAGUUCAAUGCUGCAGCUGCUGAUAUUGCGUGGGAGUCGUCUUUGGACCCUGGAAAUACUGAACUGCCACUGCGGUCUGCCAACUACCAACGACAAAGGAUUGGCUGGGAAGAGAAAAGCUGCGCAAGAUUGGCUGCUUUGGAGAGGAGUCAGUUGCUGAAUGGAACUGAGAGACGGAUGGCCUAUUUGUUAUGCAGGGGCCCGAGGUUCACGGUGGAUGAAGCUGUGUACAACACAUUGAAUAUACAUAUAUACAUUUUCAGGAAAGUCAGAAAGCUGUAUGAAAACCUGCAAUCCAUAUACUCCGACGCCAAAGUGUGUAUUCCUUUCGACAAAACUGAAUCCCCUACUGACUUGGCAGGGAUAGAGUCCGCCAUCUUGGAAUACAUCGCGACUGUCAAACGAGUUCUAAAUGUGAAGUCAGAAGGAGUAUCCAGGGCUGCAAAACUGGCAGCAAACGAGAAAGCCGAGACUUCUCUCUGUUUGAACGGCGACGCCGAUUUUGAUAAAAUGAUGAGAUUCUCGAGAAACGAGGAAGUGUUGCGGUGGUUGUGGAUAUCCUGGCGGGAGAAGGUGGGACCACCUAUGAAGCAGCCGUAUAGGGAGUUGGUUAAUGUGGAGAAUACAGCUGCUAAACGGAAUGGUUACACAGACAUCGGCGCCACCUGGCGAGACGAAUCAGAAGUAACAGACUUGCGACUGAUCUGCCGCCGUCUCUUCAACCACGUCAAACCAUUGUAUUCCAUCCUACACGGCGUCGCGAGAUACCACUUGAGGAAGAAGUAUGGGGAUGUGGUGCCGGAGCGAGGGGCUAUACCUGCUCAUUUACUUGGCAAUUUGUGGGCUCAGAAUUGGGAGUCCAUCGCUGAUCUCAUUCUGCCCCAGACUGUAGACCUCGACAAGAGUAUCAAAAACACUAAUUGGACAACUGUGGACAUGGUAAAACACGCCGAGGAUUUCUACCAAUCGCUAGGCCUGCCCGCCAUGACAGAUACGUUUUGGCGGGAAUCCGUGUUGGAGCGGCGAAGCUCGAACACGCGCUGCCACGGCACCGCGGCGGACAUGUUUCAAAAUGGCCAUUUCAGGCUCCUGUAUUGUUCAGGGUCAACUGCCGAUGAUUUGUACGUGAUUCAUCAUGAAUUGGGACACAUUCAGUACUACAUGGCCUACGAACACCAACCUGGCAUUUUUAAGCAAGCGAACUCGGCAUUACACGAAACCAUCGGAGACACCAUUAUGUACGGUGUACUAACCCCACAACACCUCUACCGUCUCGGCCUAAUCAAUGACUCCAUGCUUUUCAUCAACCCAUCAAUUGAAGAAGAUACUCUAACAUCUAAAGAACAGAUGCCAAAUUCGUUUGAAACAAUAGAUGCUGCAAAUUGGAAUAACGUAACUACAGAUGAUGUGUUACUUCUAAAGCAAGCUUUAAACAAGAUACCACAGAUACCGUUUUCGCUUGUCAUAGACGAGUAUAGAUGGAGGUAUUUCGAAGGAGAUUUGAAGGAAGAUCUGAAUGAGGAGUUUUGGGAUCUGGUGAUGGAACUGCAAGGGAUAGCGCCGCCGGAGAAAAGGGACGAGGAGGGUUUUGAUGCUGGGGCUAAAUAUCAUGUCCCUGAUAACACACCGUUCAUAAGAUACUUUCUAAGCAGUUUUCUUCAACACCAACUAUUUGAAAGUCUCUGCAAAGCUGCUGUCUUCGGCCGUGUCGGAGCUAAGGAGGAGAUACCGAAGACCAUACCGAUGAAUAGAUGUGAUAUCUACGGGUCGAAGUCUGCUGGAAAACUGUUGAGAGAACUGAUGUCAAGAGGUCAUUCGCAAAAUUAUCAAGAAAUACUCCAAGCGACAAUCGGCACAGACGUCAUCGACUCAUCAGCGCUCGAGCGGUACUACCGCCCUCUAUACACGUUGCUGGUUAAACAUGUGCGCGCGCAUCGGAUCCCCAUUGGCUGGUAGCUGACCAAUAAAAGCCUUUGAAUAAUGAGAUCGGACUUAAUUAGAUUAAAAUAAUCGAAAAAAAAACUGAUUAAAAUAUUUCUUACUCA